CUCUGUCAAAUACGUGUAGCCAACAUUCCAAACAGUGUCGUUCCGGUCGCCUCUGUCGUGUGUCGGUGAAGUUAGUGGUGGAAUUUUUACGUGUAAUAACAUCAAAAAAUGGCGUCUGGUGUGACAGUGUCGGACGCGUGUAAAACGACGUACGAGGAGAUAAAGAAAGACAAGAAACACCGCUACGUGGUGUUCUACAUCAGGGAUGAGAAGCAGAUAGACGUGGAGACAGUCGGCGAACGCAACGAGGAGUAUGACCAGUUCCUCGAGGAUCUGCAGAAGGGUGGCACCGGCGAGUGCAGAUAUGGCCUGUUCGACUUCGAGUACACGCACCAAUGCCAAGGCACAUCGGAGGCUAGCAAGAAACAGAAGUUAUUCCUAAUGUCAUGGUGCCCAGAUACCGCUAAGGUCAAGAAGAAGAUGUUGUACUCCAGUUCUUUCGAUGCACUGAAGAAGUCUCUGGUUGGCGUACAGAAGUACAUCCAAGCGACUGACCUCUCAGAAGCAUCCCAAGAGGCUGUCGAGGAGAAACUCCGCGCUACCGAUCGCCAAUAAAGCAUUUAACCUACCGACGAACGGUGGACAUCACUAUCGGACAUCGAUACGCGGCUAUAUCGAUUGCAGGACGCUGCGCGUUCGAUACGUGUUGAUUUUAAACUUUAUCGAUUUUAUUGUCUUCGGGUGAUUAUUUCCUGAUUAUAUUAUCGACAUUUUCACUUAUCGAUUCCUUAGUGAUUUGGCUUACAUUUAUCGCUAUUAUAACUAUACAUUCUAUUGAUUAAUAUGGUCAGUAACAUUUAAUUUAGACCCGAUAAUCAAUUUCAUCAUCAAUAACAAACCAUGUUUAAUAUGUAACGAAUGUCACUUAUCGAUAGUCGUAACAAUUCAACAAUCGAUAAGGUCGCGGCCCCAGUAGUAUUGCGAGCGGUAGUGAUGUACACCGAGCAACUAAUUCGCACGGGUUCAGUUUAUAUCAUUUCAACCCUGAGCUUCGCAGUCGAUUACAUCCAAUAUGGCGGACCUUGCAGUAACACUGUGGUCACCACACUAGCCACUAUAGCAAUUAAGGAGUAAUUUAAAUUAUACUAAUUAUAUAUAUUUUUUCCUAUAAACUAAAGAGUUAAGAUAAGCUCAAACUAAAUUAUACAGCGGCGCUCGAUGUCUAUGAUUUUGAAUACAGGUUUGCGAACGUCGGCUUUUUAUACUAUUUAGAAUGUAACAAAAUGGAUGUACGGUUUUAUACGAUCGCCUGAUUUCGUUUGGAAUUCAAUAUAAUGCUAAUGUUAGCUUUCGGCUCGGUAUCGCGGCGGGCGUUGGAUAGGUAUUUUGUAACCAAUUUAUUCAGAAUACACUCGAUAUAAGUAAUAA